AUGGAUUACUCGUCGAUCCGCACCCCUCAGUCCUGCUAUGCUGACUUCUGCCUGAUCCCGAUUGGCACGGGCAGCGUCUCCGUGGCUGCCGAGGUUGCCGAGGUGCAGAAGGUGCUCCGUGAGAGCGGGCUCAAGUAUACGAUGCAUUCUGCCGGGACGACCGUAGAGGGGAGCUGGGAUGAGGUCAUGUCAGCCAUUGGGAAAGCCCACGCCGUGGUGCACGAGCGAGGCGUGGUGCGCGUGCAGUCAUCCAUGAGGGUGGGUUCCAGGACGGACAAGAAGCAGACCGCGGAGGAGAAGGUGAAGAGGGUUGAGGGGCUGCUGGCAGAGUCGGAGAAGAAAUAG